AUGAUCAUUACAUUCAUAUUGAAUGGCCUAGCACCUGAAUUCAAGGAAUUAUCAACAACUAUCAUAGCAAAAGAGUCUGCCAUAUCAUUUGAAGAACUUUAUGACAAACUCAUAAACUUUGAGACAGCAUUGAAACAAGAUGAUUCUUAUCCUAUCAUAGCAAACUAUGUCAUCAGAAAAACUAGAGGUCACACUGUAAAGAUUUGUAGGCUCAACAAAUCAAGCAUCAAGGAACUAGUUGCCAACAUUGCAAUAGCCUCUCAAUUUCAUGAUAACAAGAAUUGGGUGGUAAACUCGGAGGCAUCUCACCAUGUGGCAGCAGACUUGAACAAUCUGUCACUGUACACUGAAUAUGGUGGUCUAGAAGAGUUAACUGUUGGUGAUGGUACAGUAUUCAAGCACAGGGGCACCACUAUUGAGAUGUCUGAAUAA